AUGUUUCCUUGUAGCAGCGAUCACAACCCUUUUACAUACAGUACCUGCCAAUCCAUCCUGGAGAAGCCCUUUGCAAAUGAUGAAAAGACAAGCUCGGGACAUGAGGAAGAGCAUCCCUCGUCUUAUACACACCUGUCGGCAUCUUUUCUUGAGGAUGACGAACUAUUUUUGAGUCAUUUUCUUUCACAACAGAAGCUCUUUUUUGGUAGCACAUCUCAAGCCGAGACCGAAAAUAGUGUUGCGGCUUCAGUCAAGGCAACAAAUGACAAAAAGGAGGCGAGUGGAAACACUGUGGCUGAGCAGAUGCCUUCGAAAAAACCACUUCCGAACAAGAAAAGUAGAGGUGGUGCAAAACAGACAGUUCCCAGGAAGAGAACUGGGAAGAAGGACAGGCACAGCAAGAUCUGUACAGCUCAUGGCCCGAGAGAUCGCAGAAUGAGGUUGUCCCUUCAGAUUGCGCGUAAGUUCUUUGAUCUUCAAGACAUGUUAGGCUUUGAUAAAGCGAGCAAAACCAUUGAGUGGCUAUUUACUAAGUCAAAGACUGCAAUCAAGGAACUCACAGAGAGCAUCUCACAAGUGAAGCAAAGUUGCAGCGACGGUACUAAGAGUGUGUCGGUUACAUCCGAUAACGAAGAGAUUUCAGAAAACGUGGAGAUUGCGGGUGAUGAUGGAGACCAAGGGGGUUUUGGUGCAGAUGUUGAAUCUUUCAAUCGCAUGGCCAGAGAGAAAACAAACAGAAAAUCACUUAUUGUUGCAAGGGAUUCCCGGGACAAGGCAAGAGCUAGAGCGAGGGAGAGAACAAGGAACAAAAUGAUGAUCAGGGGGCUUGAGGUAUCGAAACAAAUGUCUGAAGGCGAAAACCCUAACAAUUUGGGACAGUUAUGUUCUUCUAUCCCCGUUGAAGAAGCUGGUGAGGAAUCAUCUUUCCGUGGCCAAGAAAGGAAAUCUUCUCUACAGAUGGUGGCUGAUCAAGUUGAAGAACCUAUCAAUCACUUAUUAGAACAUCAAAUCAAUUAUUCUGUGAGCAUUAAUGAGAGAUUUUUGGGCGUUAUUGGUGCCCCAAGAUCAUCUUUGAUUUUGAAUCAUUCACGCAAUGUUGCAGCCUCAAGUGGGGGGAAUCCCACGGAAGAUUUUCCCGGAUUUCCUGUAAAUUGGAUCAACAACAAUAAUGCUAAUAUGCAGAGAAGCAUGAAGCCGUCCACAGGUAAUGUCCAAUUGAGAAUCCCCGGGGUGCAAUUCCCAUGGGUACCUUAAAACCUCAAGAACGGAAGCAUACUUACGAUCGACUUUGAUCUCCACCUAUAAUUCCCAAUUAAGAACAGAUCAUGCUUCAUUCAAAGUUCUCAUGAUAACCGCGCACCCCUAAAAACCCAAGAGCAAAACCGUAGUUCAAUUCCAUCACCUCCUUGAAUUGAUCUCAACCACAAAACCCUAGUAUAAACGU